AUGCUUUUGUUUUUAAUAUCUAGCAUUUUUGCAUAAGUAAUAGUGGAAAUCAAUGAUAGAAAUGCCCAUUUUUAUAUUCAUAAAGGAGUGAGAAGUACUAUAAUAUAAUUACCACAUGCCUGGGAUGGAUAAUUAAAUGGAAAAGGAUGUGAAUUGAGAUAAAGAUCAAUAUCGGAAAACAUAAGUUAUUAUAAAAUAUUGGAAUUUUCAGAAAACAAUAUAGAAGAGCUCACUCUAGUAAGUUAAGAUGAUAAUCGUAUUGUUAUUUUUUCUACAAGAUCAAGAUUAGUAAUAAUCCAUAAAAACAAUCUAAAAGAAAAAAUUUCUAAAGAUUUAUCUAAAUAUGAAAUGAAUUAUAUUCAUUAAAUAAUCUUGAAUGAUAACAUUUUAUUAGUAAUAACAGAAACAAUAGCUUAUAUAAUUUAUCUAUUGCCAUUAGGUGUGCCAGUAAGCGUAAUUGAAUUUACAGACUGGAUACCAAGACAAGAACGUUGGCUUACAAAUAUUUAUGGGGAUUUUAUUUAUACAGCAGUUGGAUAAGAUGGCAUAGAUAUAUACCAUUUAAAAAAUCUUACUUAUUACAGAUCCAUAAAUCAUGCUGAUAUUGGAUACACUUAAUUAUGUGUUAAAGAUUUUACUAUAUUUCAAACAACUUUAUACAUUUUAGAUUGUUCUGUGGGUUUAAUUAUUGCUAAAAUGAAUAUUCAUGAAAAUGUAAUCGAUUUUAAAGUAAGAAAAAUUGAUGUUCAAGAAGGUGGUAUUGCAGUUGAUACAAAAAAUGGAAUCAAUAUCUUUGUUGGUUAUAAAUGGAAAUUAAGAUAUGCGAUUGUAGAAUAUGUUGUAGAUGAUACAGAAUGGAGAAUACAAAACUUAAUUUAUACUAAUAAAAUAAAAGAUGUAGAUGUUAAUAAUGAAUAUGCAAUUAUUUAAGGUAAUAGCAGACAUAUGGUUGCAUUUAACUUUGGAACUUCGUUAUCAAAUAAUAUAAUAAAAUAUAAUUUGAGAGAUUUCGAAUUAAGAAAUAAUGAAUUAAUUGGUAUCACAAUGACGUAGCUCUUUCGUAGUCAUUUGUAAUUGAUACCAUUAAAAGUUGAUUGUUAGCUUUAAUAAGGCAGUUCUCACCAAUUUUCUCUUGUCUAUAAUGUCUCUCAUAAUGGUACUACAAUAGAGAGACACCAUCUCAAAUUUUAAGUGAAUUUGGUUUCAACUUAUUUAUACAGAAAUUAAUCGUAUUUAGUAAUUAUAUUGAUCACAUUAUUGCUUUUUAUUUUUUCAUUGAUAAGUAUGCAUUAUCAAAUUAAUAAUAGUCAUAAUGAUCAUUAAAUGGUAUUAUAAUUUAAGAAAGGAAGAAAAAAAAAUAGCAAAAAGUAUUAGGGGAUAUAGUUUAUCAUUACCAACCAGUGGUAGAACAAAUACACAAUAAAGUUCAAGACCAUUUUCACCCACCAAUUAAUAAUUAAUUAUCAAUAAUAUACAAUAGUAAUAGUGA